AUGAUUGCUUGUGUGUUUCUGAUCCUUAGCGUGUAUUGCAGCCUCACUGAAGGACAAACUAAAAGUUGUGUCCAUGGAACAUUUAGUCCUCAUCCUACCGACUGCACAAUGUAUCAGGCAUGUGUACAUGGAUACAAAAUGAACAUGACCUGUGUAUUUGGUACUGCAUGGGACCAAAAGAACUCCACAUGUGUAGAUGCCGCAGAAGUGGGAUGUAAAUUUCAAGAUGACAAGCCUGAUUCAAAGGCGUUUUCAUGUCCCUCCACGUUCGGCGAGUUCCCUGACCCAAAGAACUGUACCAAAUACUAUGUGUGUUCCUACGGAACAGCAACAUCGAUGGAAUGUCAGAAAAAUACAGGAUGGGACCCAAAGUUAAAAUUGUGCAAUCAUUUAUCUAAUUUGUCUAAUUGUCCUUAAUGCUGAGAAUAUUUCUUAUCAAAUAAAGAGAAUUAUUAUACCUCAUUAUAA